AAUCCGGUCGGGACUGAGCCAGUAGGUGAGGUUGGGGCUGGUGGCUCCUGCCUCGGUGGCGCACACGAGACCCGAGAGCGGCCGAGGUGAGAUCGCUGCGCCGUCGGAGCUGUCCACUGUGCCGUGGUGCUGAACUCCACAUCCUUCUGCUUUUCUGCGUCCUCUUCCAUCGGCUCUACUCUACCUUGAUGAUAUUUUGGGAAAGGAUUAACAACCUCCCCUUCGGCUGUUUAUAGGUGCAAACUUCUCCCGAGGACACCUCUCUCUCUCUCUCUCUCUCUCUCUCUCUCUCUCUCUCUCUCUCUCUCUCUCUCCCCACCGGAGAUUACACUACAGCCGUGGAUUUGACCGGAGCUCGAGUAAUUCUAAUUUCUAGUAAUAGUUUGUUGAGAAGUGUCACUUCCUUCUAAUCUCGUUUGGAUUAUCCUCCUGGAUGGUUUACGUCUGGACACAAAGGAAAAGACCAAUGAAGACAGCCAGAUGGUGGUCGGCGGCAAUUUUACUGUUGGGGCUCGCUGUGCUCGACGCAGACGGGAGACCCAACAAGGAGGAAUUCAGGUCGCCGCUCUAUCGACCAGUUGUGAGAUUCCGACACAAGGAUGGGAUCCCUGAGAGCUUGAGGAUAAAGGGUUUUAUGGGACAUAAUGGCUAUCCAAGUCCAUGCGAACACAAGUACUGUGGCUUGGGACGUCACUGUGUGGCCAACCAUGAGACUGGCCAAGGGGAAUGCAAGUGCUUGGAUCAUUGUAAACCGCACUAUAAACCCGUGUGUGGUUCUGAUGGGAAGCUGUACCAGAACCAUUGUGAGCUCCACCGGGCCUCCUGUCUCAGAGCACACAGGGUUACCAUCAUGCACAGUGAGGAGUGCUUCUACAAAGAUGAUAACUGCAGACUGAGUGACUACCGUCGGCUGAAGACUAAGAUUCUGGAUCUGCAUGACAAACGAUACAUGGGGUCUAACAUCCAUGGGGCCCACAAGGACAACAUGGCUGCCAGGAAACAACUGGUUGAUAUGAUGUUCAAACGCUUUGAUACAGAUAACAAUGGUCAAAUAGAUGCCGGCGAGCUCUCACAGGUGAUCAAGCAAGAAGGUCUUUCCAAGGACAUCUCCGAGUGCACACUGUUCGAUCUGCUGAAGUACAACGAUGUCAAUGACGACGAGCACCUGACAAAAGAGGAGUUUUACACAGCAUUGGAUGUGUACCUGCUUAACCUUCCAGACGAUCAGAAAGUGAGCGUCACCACGGUUACGGUCGGACAGAGCGCCGUAUUGACGUGUGCCAUCACAGGAGAGCGGAGGCCUCCUAUAUUGUGGAAGAGGAACCAUCAAUAUCUGAACUCCUUGAACCUGGGAGACAUCAAUAUCCCGUCCCAGGACUUUGGGGAUGAUGGCUCACUGUACAUCACCAAGGUGACCACCACACACAUGGGCAACUACACCUGUCAUGCUGAUGGCUACGAGAAACUCUCUCAGAUCCACACCCUUCAAGUGAAUGUUCCUCCCGUCAUCCGAGUGUACCCAGAGAGCCAAGCCAGGGAGCCGGGCGUCACUGCCAGCCUGCGCUGCCACGCUGAGGGCAUCCCCAGCCCCCAGCUGGCCUGGCUGAAGAACGGCAUGGACAUCACAACCAAGCUGUCCAAACAACUCACCCUGCAAGCUAAUGGGAGCGAAGUGCACAUCAGCAACGUGCACUUUGAGGAUACGGGCGCCUAUACCUGCAUCGCCAAAAAUGAUGCUGGCGUGGAUGAGGACAUCUCUUCACUAUUCGUGGAAGACUCUGCGCGCAAAACUUUGGCAAACAUUUUGUGGCGAGAAGAAGGUCUCGGCAUUGGCAACAUGUUUUAUGUGUUCUAUGAAGACGGUAUUAAAGUCAUUCAGCCUGUGGCAUGUGAGAUACAACGACAUAUUAAGCCCAGUGAGAAGCUGCUGGCUCUGCAGGAGGAGGUGUGCCCCACCUCACCAGGAGAGGAGGUUCAGAGGUGUGUGUGGUCAUCGGCGGUCAACAUCAAGGACAAGUUUAUUUAUGUGACACAGCCGACGUUGGAUCGAGUGCUCAUAGUUGACAUCCAGUCGCAGAAGGCUGUCCAGACUGUCAGCACCGACCCGUAUCCUGUGAAGCUUCACUAUGACAAAUCUCACGACCAGUUGUGGCUGCUCAGCUGGGGGGACAUGGAGAAGAACUUCCCCACUCUCCAGGUGAUCAAUCAGGCCAGCGGAAGAGUCUCCCACCACACGGUUCACACACAGCCGGUUGGCAGACGCUUCGACAGGGUGGACGACUUCUUCAUUCCCGCCUCCAGCCUCAUCAUUAACCACAUCAGAUUUGGCCUCAUCCUUCACAGAAAUGAGCCGGUCCUCCACAAGAUUGACCUGGAGACAACAUCCUAUGUGAAAAACAUCAGUUUACGGGAGUAUAACUGCAUCCCCAAGUCUGUAGCGUACACCCAUCUCGGCGGUUACUACUUUGUCAACUGCAGGCCGGACUCCACCGGCGCCUCGCAGCCGCAGCUCGUGUUGGACAGUGUAACAGAUAGCCUGAUCGGACAAAACCGCGACGUCACCGGCACUCCCUACGUGUCUCCAGACGGCCACUACUUGGUCUCUGUCGACGACGGCGACGGCCUGAUGAGGAUCCAGGUGAUCUCAGAGCGGGGCGAGAUCCAGGAGCCCUUUGACAUCCACACCAACCUCCACCUGUCUGACCUGGCCUUCCAGCGCUCCUUCACGGAGGUCCACCAGUACAACGUGUUCGGCAGCUCCGGCCGUCAAACUGACGCUCUGUUUGUGGAGCUGAGCACCGGCAAAGUGAAGAUGAUCAAGAGCUUGAAAGAGGCAACCAAGACGUUCGAGUGGCCGUGGAGCAGUAGGAACAGGGUGAUGGCGGGCAGCGGUCUGUUCGGACAGUACCUCAUGACCCCGUCCAGAGAGUCCCUCUUCAUCCUGGACGGACGGCUCAACAAGCUCAACUGCGAGAUCACCGACGUCCUCAAAGGCAACGCGGUGGUGUGGGUCGGGGACUCUUAGGUCGUAACGUCGAGACCCAGUGGGCUUUCUCUUCCUCAACGGUACUGUUGCACUGAAUUCUGUUGCAGAUUUUUUCAUUUUGUGGGAACGCGAUAGUGAAUACCACAGAUUCAGAAACCAAAUUGACCAUUUGUAAGUCCAUUGGAUGAGACUGUCAUCCAAAACAAAAAAAAGAAAACACAAGUGAGGGAGUAAAUUAAUAAUCUGGUGCUUCACUUUAAGUCAACGUGAAGUUGCUUGCUGGUAAUGUCUUUCAGGAAAAUUGGUAUGAAUCCGUAAAUAUGUGCAACUUUGCAUCAUUAUUCACAAUCGGUUGUUCAGUGUGUGGGAAUGCUGUAGAUAAUCUCUAAACACUAAUAUUUAAGUGAAUUGGCAGAAAUAGAUAUAUAUACUGUAUAUGUCCGGAUUAACUCUUGUAAUUUUAGUUUUCCCAUCCCCAACUUUUUCCUGUGCCUUCAAGGAAAGUUCCCCUCCAUCAGAGGAAUUAGCGUAAUUAUUCCCCGUGUGACUGCGCCUCCUCCUUUGACCCCCCCCCCCCCUUCAUUCGCGGUGAGCGUGGUUCUUCACAAAUCCACCGCUCUCGUCCAAAAGCAGCCGAGCACCAGUCUAAUUAAAAAGGAGCCCUCGCUGUGAUCCCAUCCCGUUUGAAGUGGCGACUGAGUGGUCAUUACGCUCCGUGACCUUUAAUCCGAAAUUUAUAACCAGCGUUGGAAGGUGAGAUAGAGCACUGGUGUGUGGGAAGAGAAUCACAACUUUAAUAUCCCUGGACCAAAAGAAGGGAACUGUUGAAUACAUGGGGGGGGGGGGGGGGGGGGGUAGUUGUGUUGUGUAGAGGGUCUUUGGAUACGGUCUGAAUGCUCCUGCGUAGAGUCAAUGAAACCGUUUCCUAGCUGGACACAUUUCUAUGCAUUUUCACCCGAGCACUCUGACACGAUGGGCGACCGUAUCUCAAAUUUAGUAAGGACUUUUGACGUGUACAGAUUAUAUAAAGUCAUUCUGUCUUUCCCGUUUAAUCUUACUCGUAUCUUUUGGUUGAGUUACCCCGUCACAUGUUGUUUUCCAAACCUUUAAACUUGACUGUACUGCUGAUGACCUUUUCUCUAUGUUCUCUGUACAUAGCGGCGGACUGCGGGUCCAUUAGUUUCCCACGUCAUGUACAGAUUCUGUUCUUAAUCAACACACAGCUGUCAUUAUCAACAUCUUGUGAUCACACUCACUGCUUUCACCUCCACAUAGCCACGUUGUAUGUUCCUUCACGUGAUUGUUAUUUAUAUAGAGAAAACACGCUUGUCAUUUUACCCAACAAUAAAAACUAGACCAUGAAAACACAA